CAUAGUUAGAGGAUGCUGAGGUAGAAGGGGGCAUGGAUGCAAAAACACCCAUACUAUUGCAGAGGGUGAGCAUGUGAAACCAUGUGUGGAUGAUUGCAUGAACAACUCCAUGCACUUCCCCCUUCCAAUAUCGCCCUUUAAAAAACCUGUUUCCGUUUGCUUCCCUUUUGAGACUUCUCACUCUGCCCAUACUCACUCCCUGUAUCAUCAAUAUAGCAAAUCCCUGCUCUCCUCUUUCCCCUUCCUCUCUUCUCUCUCUGCGCUCAAGUUUAGAGAGCCGAAAGACACAAGAGAACGAGCCCAACAAUAAAAGGGAAGGACAUGGACAUUUACGGAAUUUCAACACCAGAUUACUUCCGCAUUGACGACCUCCUUGACUUAACCAACGACGAACUCUUCUCCUCUUCCACUUCAACCUCUUCCUCCACCGCUACCAACCACCAUCAUCAACUUUCUCUGCCUGAAAAUCCUUCCAUUCACCACUGCCCCUCUUCCGCUCCUUUUAACCCCGCUAUCUCAACGGACUUCACCGAUCAUCUCUCCGUCCCUAGUGAUGACGUGGCUGAGCUGGAGUGGCUAUCGCAAUUCGUAGACGACUCGUUUAUCGACUUCCCUCCCAACUCACUUGCCGGUACAAUCAACGUCCGAUCCGAUGCUUCAUUGUGUGCCAAAGCUCGCAGUAAACGCUCAAGAGGCACAGCAACCAAGUCUACGCCCUGGGCAUCAUCCUCUCCAGAAAUUGCAUCUCCUACAGCCGGGAAAUUGAAAUCGAAGAAGGAGAUUAAUAGGGCAUCGUCACCGACGGCUGAGGGAGAAGUUAGGAGGUGCACCCACUGCGCUUCAGAGAAGACUCCACAGUGGCGCACGGGUCCUCUGGGCCCCAAAACGCUGUGCAAUGCCUGCGGUGUAAGGUAUAAAUCGGGUAGGCUGGUCCCCGAAUAUAGACCGGCGGCCAGCCCGACUUUCGUUCUGACUCAGCACUCAAACUCGCACCGUAAGGUAUUGGAGCUCCGGAGGCAGAAGGAAAUGUUAAGGCAGCAUCAGCAACAACAGCAGGAAGAACAACGCAUCUACCAUCCUCAUCAUCACCACCCAAAGCAGGACUUCGAAGUUUGCUAACGCUUAAUUUUUGCAAUUUGAAUGCCAUGAUCUGUUGUCAAUUAGAUAUUGCUCUGGGUUGUUUUCCGUUUAGUUUUCUCUGAUUAUUUCUGAGGGAGAAACAAAAAAGCACCUUUACAGCUCUACUAAUUUAAAUUUUCCAUUGUGUUUA